AUGAAGCUACUCGAGAAUGCUGAAUUGGACAGUAUAAGUUCCUUCAUGAAGUCUAAUUCGAAUCUACUUGUUUUGGAUGUUAGGUGAGUAAUAUAUUGUUAUAGUUAGUUUCGGUUUAGGAUAGAGUCAUACUCAUGUAAAAUGGUUACAAUGGAAAAGAAGGAGUGGAAGAAGCACAUAAAGAGUCCAGAAGAAGCCAACGAAUUGCAGCCUUUGUCGCCUCCAGAAGAAUCGUACAUGCACAGAUUAGCUAGCUCUCCGCCAUAUCCUUUGGGCACUGGAAGGUUGAGACACACUUCAGAAGUGAGCUGUUCUGGCUCAGACAAUGAUCAGGACGAUAACGGACAGAUUGUGGUGGGAACGGUCUCUAGAAGGACGUUAUUUAACCUGGUGUCUUUGUUGAACUUGACCUACAGCGACUACGACUUCACACAGGUCAAGAGCGAAAGUUUCUCGUUGAUUGAACUCAGAGAUUGCAUGGACAACAUUAACGAUAAGUUCAGCACGGCGGUCAGGGGAUAUGCAAAGCACAGAGAUACUUUUUGGAAUGCGAUCAACAAAGAGAUCAAGCUGAACGAAUGCAUUAUCUUCAGGUGGGUAAAAUGCGUUUUAAAUUUUAGUUUUUCUUUAAAACUUUUUUUGAGAAUUUUAAUUUAAAGCUUGUGUUCACUUUCUGAUUUGCGUUACCUAUUUGUCAAUAAUGUUGAUUUCUGCAGUUACAUUCCGGAAUACUCGAACGACCCAUUCACUGAAGAUGGUUGUAUAUGGACCUUUAACUACCUCUGCUGGAACAAAGGUUUAAAACGGAUAUUGUUUUUGUCGUGCCGUGCUCUCAGGGGUGAGUCGGCGUUGGACGUUUCUUCGGAACAAUUAUGGGUCGAUGAAUAA